UUAAACAAGUUGACGAUUAAGUGAGAUACACGUUCGUGAGAAUAUAUAGUUUUGAGCAGACUCUCUCAAGACUUUUCUCUUGAGUCUCUGAUCCUCAUCUCCUUGAGUCUUUCUUUCUUUCUUUCUCCAUAGAUCCGUGCGAAAAUGGCGCCGAAGUUCGACACGGAGAAGAUGCAGGAACGCCAGAACUUCCGUAACGUCUGGCACACUGAUCUCACUCACACCAUCCAGGGCGAUACUCCCUAUUGCUGUUUUGCAUUGUGGUGUGCCCCUUGUGCAUCAUACUUGCUUCGCAAGCGUGCGCUUUACAAUGACAUGUCUAGGUACAUAUGCUGCGCUGGUUACAUGCCUUGUAGCGGCAGGUGUGGAGAAGCCAAAUGUCCUCAACUUUGUCUUGCCACUGAGGUCUUUUGCUGCUUUGGAACCUCUGUGGCAUCGACUCGUUUCCUUCUGCAAGAUGAGUUCCAAAUUCAGACCACACAAUGUGACAACUGCAUCAUUGGUUUUAUGGUUUGCCUUAGCCAAGUGGCUUGCAUAUUCUCCAUAGUUGCGUGUAUCGUCGGCAUUGAUGAGCUUUCAGAAGCUUCCCAGCUGCUCUCUUGUUUAUCUGACAUGGUGUACUGCACGGUUUGCGCUUGUAUGCAGACACAACACAAGGUGGAAAUGGACAAGAGAGAUGGUAAGUUCGGUCCACAACCAAUGGCUGUGCCUCCCCCUCAGCUAAUGUCACGGAUUGAUCAAGCCACUCCACCCGCUAUCGGUUAUCCUCCACAAGGUUACCCACAACACCCUCCUCAAGGGUAUCCAUCUUCUGGCUACCCUCAAAACCCUCCAGCUUAUCCUCAGUACCCUCCUGGUCCGGCUUAUCCACCUCAAGGUUACCCAAAGUAAUCACUCUUUUGCGUUCACUUUCACGUCGUUGAUAUAUGCUCUGUGUGCCGGUCAAAGUGUUUUGAGGUCAUUGUUUGGUGUGUAAGACUUUACUUCAAAUCAUCUUGUUGUUAUCUGAGACCGUCCCCCUAUUGGACUGAGACAUCUGGUGAGUUUUUUUCUUUUCAUUUGAUUUUUUUUUUGGAAAGUAAAGAGACCAAAUAUAUAUAUAUAUACACGUCCAUUUCACUAAAA